AUGGAUGUCGUGCUGGGUCACGUGGAAGAUUUCAUUCCAUCCUGGGUGGACGUCGACGUAGUGUACAGCCCGCUCUGUAUCAGGGAUCACUGGGUUCUGGUUGYGAUAGAUAUGACCCAGUCCGAGAUUUUUGUAUACGACCCAUUGCCAGGCCACAUUUCCACGUCGAAGUUGAUGACAGACAUACGGCCGUUGAGUCAUACAAUACCAUCGCUUUUGUACGCAUGUGGGCUGAUGGAUACGACCGAUUGCAAGCUGAAGAAGACUUCGUGGCGUGUAUACCAUCCUACGACCGACACGAGGCAGAAAGGUAGUAUAGACUGUGGUAUUUUUGCAUGUAAAUUUUUGGAAUAUCUUGUGUCGGGUAAUAGUUUAGAAACUCUUGUUCAGGCUGAAGUGUCGCACAUUAGAAGGCAGUAUGCGACACAACUUUGGCAUAAUGAACCUUACUUUGAAUGA